AUGAGCACCGACCGUGCGAAGGCCAAACCGGCCGGGCUGGAGCGCAGCCUCUUCAUAUUACCAGCAGAUGCAGAUCCUACGCUUCUUCCGGCCAUCAUCCCAGCUGCUGUCAAAUCCGCCGGUGAGCCAGCCAUCCUGGUAAUGCAGGAAGUUGAGGAUGCUGUGGAAGCAGAUUUUGUGACGCAGUACCGCCCAGAAACCACCUAUCUCUGGGGCUCGGCAUCUGCAGGAAGCUUGGCAGGGCUUCUUGGGCAAGAAGUGGCUUUGACAGCGUCCUCCACCUGUGCUGCGUCAGCCGUGCUGGCGCAGCAUUUCUGGCAUGAAAGCUCUGAGAUCGUCGUGGCAAAAUGCGAUGACUAUGCAGCAGCGCUGAUGGCCGCUCCCCUGGCAGCGAAACACGGUGUGCCGCUGAUUCUUGUCGAUGACCAGGCUACCCUGAAGUCGGUGAUCGAUGCGCUGAAGGUGCAAGAGCUUUUCUACGUGGGAGCUGCAGCUUGGGAUAAUUCCUUCUUUGUUCAACACGUUUCUGAGCUUCCGACUUCCCAGGUCUACACUACAUUGGGCAAGCCCGAGUACUUGGCAAUCGCCAAUCCUUCUGAUCUGCAAGCGCCGAUAUUCAAGGGUCUUUCAGCUAUGGCACCUAUGAUUGCUUCACUUCGAGGAGCGCACGGGCUGCGCGUUCGACCCGCAAGCGAGCCAUGCCCAGACGUUUCUGCGGAUGCGAUCAAGCAGCAGCUGAAGGCGCACAUUGCGCACGGCAUGCCAAAGUAUGUGGCUCUGGUGGGUGGACCUCAUGCCGUUCCACCUCAUUGUGAAAUUGGCAACUUCUUCGGUGAGGAGAAAUGCCGCGAUGCGCCGUAUGCGGAUUUGGAUGAGGACAUCUUCCUCGAUGUUGCCUUGGGGCGCAUUGUAGCACGAAACUUGGCAUCGGCGAGCCUUCUAGUGUCUCGCAUCGGCAACUAUGACUAUGUCCGUGACGCAGCUUCAGAAGGUCGCUUUGGCAUGGGAGGGAAUUUGAAAUCCUCUGCAGACAGCAUCCGACCCGCUCUCACCAAUGUGGGUUUCAGUAAACGAGACACGGACGAUACAGCUUGUUUGCACAAACCUUUCCAACUUCAGGUCUCUGCGUUCAUCCACGUGGACCAUGCUGGAGCUGGAGGAAUGGGUCAUUCCUUCAAGUACAACACCAAGGUGCUGCUGUCUCCUUCUGUGGUGAGUUCUGGUGGUUGCUCCACAGCUGGCUUCGACAAACUCAGCGAUCCUAUGGACUCGGUGGUCUUGACACUGCUGCAUUACGGAGCUGUGGCAUUUCUGGGUGGGCCGCGGAAUGCGAUCACCGCCUCCGGCUUGGUGCAUGCUGCCUUUUGGAAUGAAAUCGCGCUGGGCAAGAGCAUUGGCGAAGCCUUCGUGGCAGGUUGGAACAACGUGGCGCUGAACCACAUAGAUCAGGCCACGGAUGCUGCUCAGAAGACCGCCGAGUACGUGAUGAUGAACAUCGCUUUGAUGGGGGACCCGGCCUUCAAACUCUUCAUUCCAAGUGCGCCGCAGCAGCGGCCGGCUGAAGUCGUCCAGAUGAGCAAUGGUCGUUUGAAGGUCACAGGCCCACAACAGUGGACCAAAUUCAAAGCUGAUCAGUCCUUGUCUGACGAGUGGAAUUGGCAAGGAGAUCUCUACUACUAUGGGGCCCCUGGAGCCACGCCACAGAAGAUGUGGCAUGGAAGCAAGCUCCAUGAUGUUGAGUUCCCAUACCUCUAUGCGCGCUUUACCACGACGGCGGACGUGGUGGGCUUCAAGGCAUCCGAAGUGCCUCUUCCACUGGGCUGGACCGGCCCUGAUCGCGGACGCGGCUAUCCCGGUUCAGCUGGCACCAGCUUGCACGAGGACCGCCACGCAGAUGGCAGCAAGACGCUCAUGUGGCGCGUGCGUCUCCUGGACUACGACUGUGAGACCGGCGAGGUGACGGGUCAGCUCGCGGACCAGACCUACGAGAUGAUCCUCGGAGGCUCCGCCAAGCCCACGCCGCACGACUUGUGUCAAAAGGGCUGCGUUGAGGCUGGUUAUUGCUGCGGCCGUGACAGUGGAUGCGGGCGUCCCAGCUGUGGGCAGGGCUGCGAGAUUGCUCUCUACUCCAACACCCUUUACUCCUGCAUCAACGAGUGUAAAGCCAAGACGGGAUGUUUUACAUGGAGCUUGGCUUUCGGACAGACCAACAUGUGCACGGUAUGCACUGCUUCUGGUGGCGGCUCAUGCUCCGAAAGCUGCGAGCCCGAAGGUGGAUGCGAGUAUGCUUGCAGGAGCAUGAACUUGCCUGCCCCUCCUACGACGACCUUGUCAACAACACUGGCUCCGGUGGACAUUUGCAAGGCGCAAUGCAGCCAGGAGCGGAUGCCGAAGAGGGACGACGGCUAUUGCUGUGGCCGUGACAGCGGCUGCGAUCGACCAAGCUGUCAGCUUGGCUGUGAGAUCGCCUCCCAAUCGAGUAGUUUGCAGACUUGCGUGGACACCUGUAAGGCAAGCUCAGGGUGUUGGGUUUCGGUCUCCGGUUUUCCCACCGCCAACAUGUGCACGGUGUGCACUCCGUCAGCUGGCGGAUCUUGCAGCGAGAACUGCGAGAACGCCGGCGGCUGUCAGCACGCGUGCUCCGUGAUGUUUGCCGGGUGA